AUGGAAAGGUAUUUUAGUAAGAAAGAUGUGUCCAAGAUUAGUCCAAAGAACGAUGAUACUUGUGCAAACUAUUGGUUUGAGGAUCAAUACCUGGCCUAUCUGCGCGCCAAUCAUCUAGACAAGCUCAGGGAUAUGGAAGUGGAAGGUGUACAUGGCCCUUUUGUUGCUCCAGCGGUUCAAGGCAUAGAACAGAAGAGUGACACAAAGAUUGGGAUGAUGGACUUGAAGGUUCAGAUCAUUGAGUUGAAGGUUGACAUUUUAAAGUUGGAGCAGGAGAUAAAAGAAUUGAAGAAUGGAGGAUUGAACAAGGCUUUUAGCUUAGGCAAUGCAUUAGUUGAUGUGGUGAUGCUAAAUCUGUUUGUAAGCCUCUUAGUUGCAGCAGUUUGGAAAUGA